UUCGACGUGCAAAAAUUAUAUCAUGAAAUUACUCGUUGCGUUAUUAUUUCUUACCUUUUCUGCCGUUUUUGCCCAAAAUGGUCCACAAGAAAGGUUUUUCACGCAACCCUUGAAUCAUCAUGUCAAUAUGAACCACAAAUGGGAACAACGUUACUUCGUGAAUAAGGAUCAUUUCCUCAUUGGAGGUCCAAUUUUCAUUUAUGUGGGCAAAGGAUUUGAAUAUUUCGAGACCAUGUAUCGUGGUGAAGUUUUUGACUUUAGUAAGUCUCUGAAUGGAAUAAUGUUUGCGCUGGAACAUCGCUUUUAUGGAGCUUCAAGGCCAUCAACGGAUGUUUCUCAUACUUCCUUGGAACACUUGACUGUUGAACAAGCCUUGGCAGACAUUGCUGAGUUCAUUCAAUACAUCAAGGACUUCUAUCCUGGCACUGAAGAUUCUAAAGUAAUUCUUUAUGGCGAGGAAUAUGGCGCUGCACUUGCAGUUUGGGCUCGUCAAAAGUACCCACAUCUAGUUACUGGGGUUUGGGCUUCAAGUGCCUACAUAUCGCCUAAGAUAAAUCAUCAGCAAAUGGCAGUUAGACUUGGAGAAGCUUUCAAGCGUAUUGGUGGUCAGGAAUGUUAUGAUGUCUUGGAGAACGCUUUUCGAACUAUAGAAAUCCUUGUUUGGCUUAAUGACACCCAAACCAUCAAAGAAAGCUUGAAGCAAUGCAAGGACCUUGACACUGAAGAUCCCACCGAAGUUUCCUGGCUCUUCCUUAAUCUAGUACAAGUCAUUCAAGACUUUGUUAAAUACGCUAGUUAUGGUCAAUUGGAAGAAAGUUGUGAUAAACUAGUAGCUAAUGCUUCCAACGACAAAUAUUUCGAAAGUUUCAGUAGCUGGUUACGAUUUGAAGUUCAACCGAAUGUCUUCUGUCAAAACUUCAACUACAAAGACAUGGUUCACUCUUACUCACAAUGGCAAUGGGAAACUGCAGGAACCGCUGGUGGCGCUCGACAAACCAUGUGGCUUCAUUGUAAUCAGCUUGGACAAUUUGCAACAUCUGAUGCUAAUGGACAACAUCCCUUUGGACAUAAAUUUGAUCUUUCCGUGUUCCAAAAAUUCUGUAACGAAUUGUUCCCAAAUCAUCGUUUAGUUGAAGAAAAUAAGAAACUUAACACGACCUAUGGAGACUUAAAUCCAGCAGUUACGAACGUUUUCUUCACCAAUGGCGAGUUUGAUCCAAAACUCGAACUGGGUUUAACCAAAAAAGACACGAACGCUGAAGUUGUUGUGAUUCCCCUUCAUACCGCGGGAAAAGAUCUCAAAGCGUCCACUCCAUCAGACAAUCCAGCACUUAAACGUGUGAAAACCCAAGCAAAGUCAAAUAUGUUGAAAUGGAUUCUUAAUCUCGCAACUGAGACCGAAGCAAUGGAAAUUUUGUUAUCUAAGCAUUAAUAAAAAUUGCAUCCAUUGUAAUAACAGACAGAUAGAGAAAAAAAAGAGAAUAAAAAUCUGGCUUAUAAUCAA